UGAGAGUAGACACGAUGAGCACGGAGAUGGAAGACUCUUCAACUGUGCGGCGGCGCGUGUCAUGCACUAAAUACUUCGACGCUAUCUGGUUUUGCUACUCACCAUAUUACCAAAUGCAGCAGUAUUACAGGGUUGGAAAACUUGAUGAUUGUACUAAGAAGUUCUCUAACCUCUUUGAUUGUCUUUCAUUAAAGACCAAAAGCUCUUCUGAAGCUGAGAAAAUUCUGGAAGAGCAAGAGAAAGCAGAUGCAUCAAAACAUAUAUGGAUUAUGCGGACACAAGAAGAAGCUUCAAGUCACUGGAACGAGACCUUUGGGCAUUUGGAUGAUCCGAAUUAUUAGAAGUACAGUUUCACUUUCUCUACUGGAUUCUUGAUAGACAUUUUUCACUUCCAAGAAACUUGAUUUCUGCUAGAGAUGUGCAGCUUUCUUUCUACAGGAUAGAAAAAAAAAAGUUUUUGUCAUCGGUUAUCAUGGACAUUUUGAGUUAAGUUAUACCUCAACCGCCAAAGAAGCCACCUAAAAAGAUGGAGAGGAUGUUCAGAGAUCAUUUAUUGGACCGUUGAUGUAUUUGGUUGAUUGUAACAACAGAAAACAGAAACACAUUUGUCAUUUGUUAGCAGAAAGGUACUGAAUUUUUAUUAAGAAAGUUCAUACACCAAUGUUUAUUUCUCUUUAAAAGGUUUUCAUGUAGUGUUGCAUGAAUGGUCGGAGAAGACAAAGUUUAUUUGGCUGCAUUGUUUGUUGUCCUUUAGAUUCUCCAAACAUCAAGGAAAGCUUUUCCAUCAAGCUCACGAGUGGCCAAGCCCUUAUAAUACUCUUCAGGGGUCACAGUUCUGAAACAUGCACCCUUUUGCCUUUCCACGAGACUUUUCAACGGUCCAACCUCUUUACUAUUUCCCGUAUUGUGAAACGCCGCCAUAGAAAGCCUCUCCUUGUCUGAGUUCACAACCCCACGAUGCUCUAUACUCUUGUAUGUCCCAUUCGUUAUCAUCUACAUUUGAUAAACCAAUAUACCCUUAAUAAACCAUUCACAAAUGAUAUUACCUUUGGCUUGUCCAUAUGAAUUUACCUCUAACAUGUCUCCAAUAUUGA